AUGCCUGGCUCCAAAGACGAUGAGAAGAGCGCACCAACCACUAGAAGCGCAAUGCCAAGUGUCGGUGGCGAAGGCAUCGAUGAAAUGGCCGCCAUUGAGCCGGUCCAGACGAACAACGUACGACCGGCGUGCUUCAAGAAUACUGCACAGGAAGUCCUCUUUGUGUUGACUGCCACCAUGGCGAUUGGCAUGACCAGCUUCUUGGCAGGCUCGGUCACUGUCAUUUCAUCCUUUGUUGUACGAGAUCUAAUGAUGACCACAGCACAAAUCACUUGGAUCUCGUCCGCUAGCUCACUCAGCAGUGGUGCCUUCCUUCUGUUCUUCGGGAGAGUCGCUGACAUGUUUGGACGAAAAUCAAUGUUUGUUGGCUCUCUCUUCCUGUUCUCGGUCUUCUGCCUGGCUGCUGGUGCAUCUGCUGUUCUGCCUGCAGUCGGCCUUCUUGGAGUUAUCUAUGAGAAGCCAAGCAGUCGGAAGAAUGCUGCCUUCGCUUGCUUCUCUGCAGGCAAUCCACUCGGCUUCGUAUUUGGCACCAUCUUCGGUGGCAUCGCUACGAGUCUCUUCGGCUGGCGUGCAUCGUUCUGGCUGUUGGCGAUCGUCUUCCUGGUCUUUACGGUCAUCGCUAUUGUGACCGUGCCCAAGGAUUUCACAGCGAAAGAGCUACUGACCUGGGAGACGAUAAAGCGCUUUGACUUCCUUGGUACUGCUCUCACAAUAGACGCCUACGCUGUAGCGAUGCUUCUGUUCGCCGUCAAUACCGUCUAUGACAGCUAUUGGACCUUCUACUUCCCGGCACUCACGAUCAUGGUCGUUGGUGCGGACUUGGAGUUCAACGUGGCGAACGUGUAUGUCAUGUCCUCGAUGCCGCCAAGUCAACAGAGCACCGCUGGUGGGAUCUUCCAGAGAGUUACCAGACUUUGCUCGACGAUUGGGCUGGGAGUUGCAACUGCGGUGUUCGGCUCUUUAGAACAUGAGCCAAGUCUCUCGAGCUAUUGGGACCGGCCUACGCAACCGUACUCGGCGACCUUCUGGACCUGCUUUGCGGCGGCUGCUGUGAGUAUUGGGCUUGUACCGUUGAUGACCAUUGGAACACAGGGCGGCAAGCAGCAGAAGCGCCAGAGUGGUGGGGAACUCGCUGGUGUUAGUGAACGAAUCGAUGAGAAAGAUGCUGGAUCCAUGAAAGGUGAAGCCAUGGUUGCACAGGCCUUGCCCGUCCAAGGUUUGGCUAUCCGAGUAUGCACGGACGGCUUCAAACUGAAGGACUUCUCGAUUUCACACAAAGUUGAUGUGGCAAACACCACACUUUCGAGGCGCAUACUCGACCUUUACGUCCACAGCGACCAAAGAUCCGCCGCUUUCACAAUCCUCGAUCUUGACCCAACGAGCAGCCAACACUUGAUGAGGCUCGCCAGCAGUCAGAAGCAUCAUCAGCCUGCCAAGCCGACAGGACAAGCAACACUACCAUCUUCUCCGACCAUGAGGUUCUCCGACCUCUUCCAGUACCACAGGUACGCCAACUAUGGGCCGGCGCGACCGAGAGUCCCGCCUCCUGUUCAUGCACCUCGCGCUCCUGUCCCACUUAUCUCUGGUCCUCUUGAGCCAAUCGCGCCGCCGCCUCAGUGUGCCUUUGCACGACUAGCGACGACCUCAUCACCACCAGGCUACAACGCUACAGCCGCGGUCCCUCGAGCCGACACCACUUAA